AUGACGUGCUCCAAGAAGUUCAUGCGGAACUACAAGGGGUUUGACGCUGUGGAUGUCCAUCUCGCGGAUGAUGGAAUCGUCCAAGCAAUCGGCAGUGGGGACAUUGUCAUGUCGAUGAAGACACCCCAAGGGAUGAAGAAAGGUGUGCUCACAAACGUGUGGCACAUCCCAAAGCUAUCCAGAAACCUGUUCUCGGUCGGCCGCUUCACCAAGGAUGUCGGCCCAGUGACGUUCACGAAGGAUGGGUGCUAUGGAGAAGCGAAAGGGACCAAGUGGAAAAUUGGUGCCCGUGAAGGUAAAGGACUGUUCAAGCUGCAAAUGACUCCAGUGGCGCCGGAACAAGCAAAUGCAGCCAAGUCGUCGGGAUGUCAAGGGGGCACCAAGUCGUACCUCUGGCACCUUCGGCUUGGCCACAUAGGUCACGAUGGACUCAAUUGCAUCGUGACGAAGGACAUUGGAAUUGGCAUCGACAUAUCUUCGGUGAAGAAGUGGGACGUGUGUGAAGGUUGUGCUCUGGGAAAACAGACUCGAGUGCGCUUCCAAUCAAACACUACAGCUCGCACCUCCAAACUCCUCGAAGUGAUUCACAGCGACGUAUGCGGACCGAUGUCGAUGGCAACUUUCAGUGGAAAACGGUACUUCGUGACAUUCAUUGAUGACAAGUCAAGAUACUGUGUCGUCUAUCUGCUCAAGAGCAAAUCUGAAGUUGCGGCGAAGUUCAUGGAAUACGCUGCGAUGGCCGAAACGCAAACCGGAAAGCGCGUGAAGUACCUUCAAAGCGACAAUGGGGGUGAAUACAAGUCCGACAAGCUGGCACGAUUCUGCGCGGAACGGGGAAUACAACAAAGGUUCACACCCCCAUAUACUCCUCAGCUAAACGGAGUAGCUGAGAGAAUGAAUCGCACGCUGGUCGAGUGUGCGCGUUGCAUGAUGGAACACGCUGGACUGGGAAAGAGCUACUGGGGUGAAGCAGUGAUGACGGCGAUGUUUCUUCGAAACCGCUGUCCAACACGUGCCAUUCACCAAGACAAGUCUCCAUAUCAAGUGUGGACGAUGAAGAAACCGAUUCUGGCCAACCUUAAAGUGUUUGGAUGCCACGCGUAUGUUCAAGUGCCUCAAGACAAACGCGCAAAAUUCGACUCCAAGUCAUCACUCUGUUGUUUCCUGGGGUACGCCGAACACCAGAAGUCAUAUCGAUUCGAGGAAGUAUCAACAGGAGCGAUCAAGAUCAGUCGCGAUGCCACGUUCAUGGAAGACAAGUUUGAUGAAGGUCCACGCAACUACAACGAUGAUUCAAGUGCGGUUGAGUUCGACAAUCAAGACGACGACGAAGAAAAAAAGAAGAAGGCAAAACUGACGACGACAUGGACUCGAGCGACGAUGACAACGAAGACACCAGGUCUUCGAAGAGCAACAUCAAGAGACACACGCGCACUCAAUCACUUGAGAAAGCUACCGUCAUUCCAAGUCCCAAGCGAAGAACUGGGGAAAACGCCGACUACGUUCAAGUCGGCUAUGGAAUCAAGCGACUCCGGCAAGUGGAAAGAAGCGUGUGACUCGGAGUUCGACUCGCUUCAGAGAAACGACACGUGGGAAAUCGUGCCUCUUCCGAAAGGUCGCAAGGCCAUCGGGUGCCGAUGGGUUUUUCGUGUAAAGGAGAAUCAAGAUGGCGAAGUUGAACGUUUCAAGGCAAGACUUGUGGCCAAAGGAUUCUCACAGAAAUUCGGAGUUGACUAUGAAGAAACUUUCGCACCGGUGGCCAAGUUCACAUCGAUUCGUGUGGUGCUCAGUAUGGCGGCUAAGUACGGCCUAAUGCUACAUCAGAUGGACGUCAAGACAGCGUUUCUUAACGGCUCCCUCAACGAAGACAUCUACAUGGACCAGCCGGACGGAUACCUGGAUGCAACACAGCCGGACUAUGUGUGCAAGCUAAAGAGAUCACUCUACGGCUUGAAGCAAUCGCCUCGCAUGUGGAACCAAACAAUCGAUGGGUUCAUGAUCAAGAUGGGAUUCAAGAAGUGCGAAUCGGACCACUGCAUCUACAUCAAGCGAGACGACCAAGACAUGAUUCUCGUGGUGCUCUACGUCGAUGAUCUCAUCCUGGCCAGCAGCAACAACGAACUCCUCAAGUCAACCAAGAUGGCGCUGAGCAAACGCUUCGAAAUGACGGAUCUCGGUGAGCUCGAUUACUUUCUCGGCAUGGAGAUCAAGAACGACCGUAAGACGGGAAUGGUGACUGUACAACAAACCAAGUUCCUCAAGUCCGUGUUAACCAAGUUCGGAAUGGAUAACAGCAAGCCAGUGAAGACGCCUCAAGAUCCCGGCCUGAAGCUAACCAAGAACAUGUGUGAACAAGAAUGCAAGCACGAAGACACCAUGUGCAACGUGCCAUAUCGAAGUGCUGUCGGAGGCAUCAUGUAUCUCAUGGUCGCCACACGUCCGGAUCUAGCUGCUGCAGUGGGAUCAUUAUCCCAGUUCUCGUCCGACCCAUGCCCGACUCACUGGCAAGCUUUGAAGCGUGUGCUGAGAUACCUGCAAGCAACGCCCAAUCAUGGUCUUGAGUUUACACGUGAAGAAGGAAGCCGUAUCUGCGGGUACACCGACGCAGACUGGGCCGGCGACAUUGAGUCAAGACGAAGUACAAGCGGAUAUGUGUUCAUGAUGAGCGGAGGAUGCAUCAGCUGGAAAAGCCAGAAACAACGGACGGUCGCGCUAUCUUCAACAGAAGCAGAAUACAUGGCGCUUUCCGAAGCAACCAAAGAAGCAGUAUGGCUCAAAGUGCUUUUGGGGGAACUUGGUGAGAUGACAAGCGACGAAGCGAUCAAGAUGUAUGAAGACAACCAAGGAUCAAUCGCUCUCGCCAAGAACCCGGAGUUCCAUAAGAGAACAAAACACAUCGACAUACGCUACCAUUUUGUGCGUGAGAAGGUGGAAUCAGGUGAAGUCGUUUUGGAGUAUUGCCCGACUCAAGAUAUGCUGGCAGACAUGAUGACCAAGCCGAUCGCCGCUGUACAAUUUGAAAACAUUCGCGAUCGACUUGGGAUCCAAGGUGCCGCAGCUAACGAGUCGAGAGGGAGUGUUGAAAAGACAGCGGCUGUGAAGAAGACACCUCGUCAGGCUGCGUCAAGUGUUGAAGCAAGUGGAAGACCAAGCUUCGCUAUACCGGUGGGUACCGGUAUGUACCAGUAA